GCGUGUGUGUGUGUGUGCGCGCGCGCGCGGAGUCGCUGUGUGCGCCUCUCGCUUCAUCCGUGGAAGAGAUGCAGAGGAGUCGAGCGCGUCCGUGCGGCUCGCCAUCACGCUGAAAAACGAAACCGCGACUCGACUCGUUCCGACUCGACGACCUCUGCCGAGCACGAACACGCAGGAUAAUUUGUUGGCGCGGGGGGUGGUCUCGUCCGUGGACGCGUAUGCAUGUGUUCCGCACCGAACGGGCGAAAGAGCCGCCCCGGAUCCGCAGGCCGCAUGUUUCAGCUGGGCAAAGCGGCGCGCAGCGAACCCGAGCGGCGGGAGAGCACGGACAGCGCCCGCAGGGGAGGACAGCGGGCUGUGGAGCACUGCAGAGCGGCGGUGCAGGAGUUUAACACUCUGGUGGCACUCCACCGCGAGCAGGUCAUCUCCAUAGGAGAGAUCACGGCCGAUUGUCCGACUCUGAGGGCACGCAUGCACAGCACACGCACCAAAGGAUGCACAGUGGCUGAGAGUGCCUAUCAGCACCUCACGCUAAUCUCUGGGCCAGAGGAUGGUGAGAUCCACCCUGAAAUCUGCAGGCUCUUUAUCCAGCUGCAGUGCUGCUUGGAGAUGUACAUCACCGAGAUGCUCAAGUCCAUGUGUCUGUUGGGUGUGCUGCAGCUCCACAGGAAAGGAAACGAGCCGUGCCCCGAGUCAAAUGCAGACUGCAGGCUAGACGAAAGCUCUGACGUCCCGAUAUUGGAGGACAGGUCUUCAUCACCUGUCGACUUCCCCCAUGAAUCCUGGCUUGUGUGCACAGAUAUCGAGAACAUAGAGAGUGACAUGCGUGAGAUGAGAAAUCUGCUAAGCAAACUCAGGGAGACCAUGCCUUUGCCACUGAAGAACCAAGAUGACAGCAGUCUGCUGAACCUGACACCCUACCCACUGGUGAGGCAGAGGAAAAGGCGUUUCUCUGGGCUCUGCUGCCUUGUGUCGGGAUGAACCGCUCACAUUCUUCGUCUCUCAACGGCGACUUCGAGUUCCACUUGUUUAUUUCGUUCACUGUAAAUGUGCAGCAGUAAUCUAAUUCUGUCACCACCAUCACUACAGACUUCAUUCAUUACUAGAGAGUGCAAACAGAAACGCUACAUCUUACCCUGCCUCACACUACCUCACCCUGCCCCACUCUUCCCCACAUUGCCCUGCUCCGUCCUGAUCCUGCCAUACACUUCUCUACCAUGCCCAUUUCUACCGUACCCUACCCUGCCUGGCGGACCCACCACACCCUGCUCCACUUGCACUGCACUGCCCCUCCUUUCCACCCCUACCCUUGGCCUGUCUCCUCAGCAUGCCCUGUCUGACCGUUGCAUACACUACCACACCCUGCCCCACCCCAACCUGCCCUGCCUCACUCUGCCCAGCCUCUAAAUUCAAUAGAGAGACUUUUAUCAAAAUACUAUUUUUUUUGGUUGUUGAUUUUGUCGAUUGUCCUGUCAUUUUCCCUCAUUUGUAGUACGUACGUAAACAUGUCUCAAAAAGAAAAAGAUACAAUCAGACACACUGUAUUUUGUAAAGAUAAUACUCUUUUUCUCCUCGUUUUUCCGAUGCUCGUCUUUGUCCCAGUGUGCAGUCAGGAAGUGUCCUCAGCGAGAGUGAACAUAUGCAAUGAUAUUCAGUACAGGCUCCAUGACUUUACUCCAGUUUAGUUCGGUCACUGUGCAAGGCUUCUUAUUUAGUCUUCCAUAAAUGGGAAAAGUAUAUAAUUACGAUUCAUUUUUAGGGCACACAAGUGCUCUGCACUAAAGCCAUUACUUCUUCAUUCUUUACAUGAAGACAGAAUAGAUUUAUGUACAUAAUACAGUGUAAUGUAUACAAAAAGCUCAAGACGAUUCAUGUCCUGUUCUCUGGAUGUUUUACACAUUCAUUUGUGUGAUUUGUGUGUGUUUUAUGAGAGUCUGCAGCAUGCUUCUAGUGUCCAGUAUAUUAGGUAUGCAUAGAGUCCAACAUCCAUCAUGUAAAGGCCAUUUUAUAAUGACAAUAAACUUUUUUUUUUUAUUUA